GCGAGGACGUAGGGUUUCUGAGAGUGCGCAGUGGGUGCGUCGGCGGCGACCCUUCGGCCUUUUUCGGGAGGGGGCGAUGCUGAGAUGGGGGCGGCGGCAGCGGAGGCGGAUCGUACUCUCUUUGUGGGCAACCUUGAAACGAAAGUGACAGAGGAGCUCCUUUUCGAGCUUUUCCACCAGGCUGGGCCAGUAAUAAAAGUGAAAAUUCCGAAAGAUAAGGAUGGUAAACCAAAGCAGUUUGCGUUUGUGAAUUUCAAACAUGAAGUAUCUGUUCCUUAUGCCAUGAAUCUGCUUAACGGAAUCAAACUUUUUGGAAGGCCCAUCAAAAUUCAGUUUAGAUCAGGAAGUAGCCAUGCCUCACAGGAGGUCACUUCGUCAUAUCCCCAGCAUCAUGUUGGAAGUUCAAGCCCUACUUCCACAUCUCCUAGCAGGUACGAAAGGGCAGUGGAUAACAUGACUCCAUCAACAUCAAUAACUCAAAGAUCUUUUUCUUCUUCAGAAAAAUUUCAGAGACAAGCAGUGAUGAACAGUGUUUUGAGACAGAUGUCAUAUGGAGGGAAAUUUGGUUCUCCACAUCUGGAUCAAUCAGGAUUUUCCCCAUCAGUUCAGUCACAUAAUCACACUUUUAACCAGUCUUCAACCUCCCAGUGGCGCCAAGAUACACCGUUAUCACAGCGAAAAGCCAGACAGAAUUCUCAUCCCUAUGUAGUGGAUAGACAUUACAGCCGUGAACAGCGUUACACUGAUCAUGGGUCUGACCAUCAUUACAGAGGAAGCAGAGAUGAUUUCUUCUAUGAAGAGAGAAAUCACGAUGGCUGGAGCCAUGACUAUGAUAACAGAAGAGACAGUGGUAGAGAUGGAAAAUGGCGCUCAUCUCGACACUAACAAGUGUUAAAAGGAUGUUUUCAUAGGGUCAUUGUAGGCCCUUUUUGUUAAGUUGUUUCUGGGAAUGUUUUCUUAAAAGAAGUCUAUAGAGCAGCUUUACAAGUUGCCACAUUUCUUUGUAAAAUUUUUAAAACCUAAUUGCAGUCCAAUACAGAAAUGAGAAUUGUGGUUCUAGUUUUAUUACAUUAAUAACCUUUCACCUCAGGGUUUUAAGAAGAGGAAAGGGUUUUAUGCUAAAGAAAAUGCCACAAUUCCUAAUCAUUUUAGACAAUUGAGGAAGGGAUGUAUUAUAUGGAUUAGUUGUAUUAUGAAGCAAAUAUUUUAAUUAUGUUAUCUUUUUGUAUUGCAAGAAAUUUCUUGUUAGGGAGUCAGAUUUUUGGUGUAUAUAAUGGAAAACAUUCAAGUUGAUAGUCUGAAAUGACUCAGUAUUUUGUUACUAAAUGAGAAAAUGUAAAUUCAUUGAUUCAUUUUACUAACAUUUGAGAAAACCUUUUGUUCAACUUUGGGGAUAAAUCAUAUUAUUUAACUUCUUAGAGAACUUAAGGGUAAGUUCUGUGACAUGAUCUUGAGUUUUACUGUAAGUGAGCAUACAAGUAUACAUCUACACAUGCUAUUUCAUUAUAAAAUUUUAGAAUUAGCUCAUUAAGUCAUGUUCGAUGUAUGACUGAAGUCACUCAGGAAGGUAAAUAUCUCAAUGUAUUUUUUUUACCGUAAAAAUACAGUGUUAAUGUAAAUCUUUUCCUGGAAGAACAAAACUUAAAUGCAUAGUCAGAUAAAAUAGUAAAAUGUUUUACUGUAAGUAUUCUUUUUUGGGAAAAAAGGUUCACGAAACCUUUAAGUGCUGCCUCUAUCACUCAAAUUUCUAAAAUUUUAACAUUUUCAAAGUGCAAGGACACAUUUUAUUAUGGAGAUUGUACAGGGUUUUUUUGUUUUUGUUUGAACAUGUGAAAGAAUUUAGUCUAAAACACUGAUUUAAAAUUUUUUUAACAAAUUUGUUUAACAAAACUUAUGUAUCAAUAUGCCGUUUCCCUUUCAUUGUAGAACUUGUUUAUAAAAAUUCAUUCCUUGAAAAUUUUGUCCUUUUUAAUAUUAACUACAACAUUUGUACUAUGUUGCUUUUUAAUAUAUUGAAAACAAAAA